AUGUCUUUCAAACCCGCCCUGAUCGUGGUGGACAUGCAAAAUGACUUUUGUCCUCCUAAUGGCUCGCUGGCUGUCUCAGGAGGCCGAGAGAUUGUUCCACUCAUCAACCAGCUCCUGGACUCUCCCCAUUUCGCUAUGAAGGUGGCCACGCAAGACUAUCAUCCUCCCGAUCAUAUUUCAUUUGCCGCAAAUCAUCCACCCCCCAACAACAAACCGUUUGAGUCAUUUAUAGACAUGCAAAACUGGGUCGGCAACAGGCCAGAGCAGAUCAUGAAGCAGCGCCUGUGGCCGGUCCACUGCGUCCAGGGAACAGCGGGCGCUGAUAUCAUCAAGGAGCUCCAUCUCUCGAACGUGCAAAUCAUCGUUCAGAAGGGGAUGGAUCCUCGAGUGGAGAUGUAUUCGGCCUUUUCAGAUUCUUUUGGCAACAUGACUGCCGGUGCCGGAGGCGUAAAUCUAGACCUUGCCAACGAGCUUAAGGCUCAGGGCAUCUCCCACGUCUAUGUCGUCGGAUUGGCUGGUGAUUAUUGCGUUAAGGACACCGCGUUAGGCUCUGCAAAGGCCGGCUUCAUAACAUAUGUGAUCGAUGAAGCGCAGAAAUGCGUGGACCCAGAAACAUGGAACGACGUCAAGGCAACUCUUGCUCAAGGUUCAGUUAAUGUUCUCCAAGCAGAGAGUGAUGAGGUUCGACGCGUUCUUGACUAG